AUGCAGGAAAGAGAACACAAAUCCAAGAUUUUGUACCUGAUCCACACAUGGUGUAUAAGCUUUUCCAUCGGUCCCGUUGUUGAAAUCCGUCACUGGUCAAGUCAAUCAACCCCGGCUCCUGGAUCCCGCCCUGAAUUCUCUGCUGAAUCAAACAAGCAUCAUCGGAUCCAUCAUAGAAACCUUCUUUCACAUUUCUAUGGAUUUACGGAGUACUGUAAGGUUACUAUAUACCAUCGUGGGGAAUAUUCUCGGUCUGGUCUUGCUGGCCUCGAUUUAUCUCCGGUGUACGGAGUAUGCGUAGGAGGUGCGGUGCAUUGA